AUGUCGGAGGCCGGUACCGAGGCAGCCGUCUCUUGCCCUUUGACUCUUCGCGAGCAGCUCCGCCUAAAGGCGCAGCAGAAGCUCAGCGAGCAGGCCUCGACAUCCGCAUCUGCGGGCCGCAAACCCGCAACUUCCUCGGCCGCACUCGCGAUCGAUGACGACGACGAUGACGAUGCGCUCGGCUCUCUCACGCUCGGCCGCUCUAAGCGUCAGGCGGCACUCAAGCGUCCCGCCACCUACAGCAUCGAUCCGACCGACGAUGCGUCACGCCUGCACCGACAUCCGGACGCGCUUGCAGGCUCCGUGGCGCACCAUGCCUCGUCGUCAAGGAGGUACGCGAGCGUAGACGGUAUGCUGCGCGAACGACAGCGCAAGAUCAAACGCGGCAUCGACGCAGACGGCUUCUCGCGCGCAGAGGCCAUCGCCCGCAGCAUGGAGCAGGAACGACUGGGUCGCAUGGGCAUCGCGUACUCCGACGACGAAGAGCUCACAGACAUUCGCGUCCCGGGCGCCUCCAAGACGGGCACAUCCUCAUCCAGACCAAAGUCGUCGGCGUCCUUGGAGCCGUCGCGCCAGGCUGGUCCUUCUGGCUCCAGGACAAACGGGCAUGCGCCGGAACCGACAGUGCAGGCGCUCUCUCCGACGAUUCCUUCCUUUGUGUGGUCCUCACAAUCCGAGCUAGGCGACUCGGAAGACGAGGAUAAGCGCCCUUCGGCAGCAACACCCGCACCCGACAUCCAAAAGAAGCGAUUGGCUGCUUCGCUCGCCGCCGUUGGUGCCGACGAGGAUCAGAGCCGCGAGGCGCUCGACAUUCUGCAGCGCGACAUGCGCGACGAGGCGUUCCGCCCUGCCGACCCGCACGGCGGGCGCAUUCCCUUCUACCGCCCGGGCAAGACGGUGGCUCCGGUCAUCGAGGCGUUUUGCGAGGUGCCGAACUUGGGCGUGGCUGACGAAGUAGCCGACACAGCCAGCACAACGCGCGAGCGCAUCUGGACGGCCACGUAUCCGCACAUCCUGUUAGCCUGUGCAAUCCCGCCGUCGCUGCAAGUGCGACCGGCCGAGCUGGCGCGCAUUGUGACGUGGACCGCAGUGACGUGUCUGCUGGAGCGCGAUGUGCUGCAGAGCCAGCUGGCGUUUGGGCUGCUCGAGUCGCUCGUGCUGCAGCCGGACCAGUCGGCGUACCGCAACGAGCUGCUGGGCGCAGUGGCCCAGGCGGCGGGUGACGUGCUCGCACUCGUGCCGCGCGUACUGCACCGCAUCGGCGUGAGCGAGAGCGUGCUGGUCGAGUGCUUUCCCGACGACGCCGAUGCGACCGACGGCCCAUUCUUUGUCGUGACGCGCGCGAGGCCACGCAUGCACGACCGAGCGCCAUCGUCGUCGCAGACCGCCAAGGUCGAGCAGGCGCGGCGGGCACCGCGUUCGGCGCUCUACCUCACGCAUGCGGAAUGCGACGAGCUGCUGGCGCACCUUGCGCGCGUGGUGCAGCUGGUGGUGCAGGCGAACAGCAGCACGGUGCGCGACGGAGUGUCGCUGCUCGCCGGCUGGGUGGCAAGUAUGGCGCUAGCAUGUGCGGCGGGCACCAGUGUGGCGCUGGACGCGGCUAUGGGACAAGGCAUGGAGGUGAUAUUUGCGGCAGCGGCGGAAACGGCGGUGUUGGAGGAGCUGCAGGAGGCCGUAGCCCGGCGCUUGUUUACCGCGCUCGAGCCAGAGUCGGUGGUGGUGAGGGCGCGCGUGGUGCAAGCGUUGCCGGGCGCAGGGCGGGGUGUUCAGGCGCUCCGUGCGUGGCUAGGAUGGUGUGUAUUGACCGAGCAUCUGGCAUCGCCUGCAAAGGUCGAUGCGGUGGUCCCGGUGGCCGAGCCAGACGCAGUACCGUCGUCGGACCCGAUCGAAGCAGAGGGGGAAGCGGAUGCGGCCGCCGCGCGUCUGCGGCGCGACAGUGCGUACUGGCGACGAGCGCGUUUCGAAGCAUGGUCCCUCGACCUCCACCUUCUUUCUCGCGCGGUGGAUGCGAAUGACCCCAAGUCGCCCUUCCACGUGGCCUCUUCCAACGCCGACGACAGCGAUGCGGACCUAAGCCGUCUGAUUGCAGCCGUCCAUCUCCUUGCGCUCGUUCUGCGCGAUCUGCCGGUUCACCUGUGCACCUUCACGCACGACGCACGCACGCCCACCAAAUCCGACCCCCUUGGCCAACGCAGCAGCGCCUCUCUACCACGAGCGCUCUCUCUUGCCCUUGCUGCGUAUGCCAGCGUGAAUCCAACGCUGGAUGAAGGCCGCGUGCAGGAGGUGCGCACCAUCGUAACGCGUCUGGACCAAGCCAAUGCAAGGAUCCGCGACAACCGCGCCGACGUCAUCCUGCGCACGCUCGCAAAGGACGCCCUGCACCGCACCUCGCUUGCGCUCGAGUACCAACUCGCCUUGUACCACACUGACUCCUCCCCCUCGUUCAUCCAGUAA